CAUGCAGCCGCGUACUGCGUAUUGUGAGGGUGCGUGCUUACAGACUCUUUCCUGGCUCGAGUGGCCCACACUCCCUGACUGUCUAGCUUUUGUUUACUGUGUGCCCUCCUUUCCCUGCCUGUCGGUAAUUGUUCGGCGUAUGCCUCGAUGCUUGCGGGCGGAAGUGUGGCUUGGAUCUACACGACGGAUGCAGUGGAGCAUGUGGCGCUCAACACCUUGCACUCGGAUGUUACACUGGGGGUAUGUGAAGACAUGUCCAUGGUAAAUCGCACACUGGAGGCGAUUCCAGCGUGCCCCAUGCUCAACGCCAACAUCGCGUACGGCGACGAGUCUGUUCAGGAUACCCUAAUUGACGAAACGCAUGGUCACAAGGUGCUGCUACUGCAAUGCAAGCCGCUGCUUAAGCUGGGAAGGGAGUCAGGUAAGGAUGUCGAGCUGCAGGGACGGAUCAAGAAAGUGAAGCCUGGCCAUGCUUGCUGCCUGGUGUGCGCAUCUGGGACCACAGGUAAUUAGCCCGAGAGCUGUGAUGAUGUGCCACGACAGCUUGUGCGCCACCGCAAAAAUUGGCCUCGCCUAUCUUCCCGAGUUCUCUGAGCAGGAGGAGCGUAUUCUUUCGUUUCUGUCCCUCUCCCACAUUGCGGCAUUCCUGGUCGACGGCGCUGCCGGUGUAUACUGCGGCGGGUUGUUUGCGACCACGGGCAUUGUGUAUGUUGCCGCCCUUACGAUUUGAUAUAUGGUACCAUCGGAGAUCGCUGUCGUUUGGUCGAGAUUAUUUGUUUUGGUGAUGCCCCCCGUGUCUGGGAAAAGGUGGCCGAGAAAGUCCAAGCAGUUGGCACGAGGAAGCAAAGGUACCAAACAGAGGAUCAUUGGCUGGGCGAAGAAAGUACGCUGCGAACAUGCGUUCGCCAUGCAGCAGGACGGAGAUGGGCGCUAUCCGUUGCGGUAUUGAUUUGCGGAACUUAUCUUCAAACACAUAAAAAAGGAGGCGAUAGGCUCUAGGCGUGCAGUUUUCGCACGCUCGCAUCACUGCAGCGGCACCACUUACCGACGAUACCCUGAAAUAUUUCGCUUCGGUCGGCAGCCACGUUCAGGAGCUGUACAGCAUGUCUGAAACCGCUGGGCCCAUUGUCCUGCAUUCGUCGCGUGUCUCGCGAUGAACAAUGCUCCCGGACAUAUCUUUGUUGUAGCUCAUCUUCUAAAGUCGGAGCUCCUUGUUGUACGUCCGCCUGGCUGGUGGGCUCGAUCUCGCGUUGGGGGAGGCGGACGUGGACCAAGAUGAUGAACCGCCCUGGCUUGCUGAGCCAAUCCCAGAGCAUCUACAAGAGCGAGACAAGGAGGAG